AUGGGCAAUGCUAGUCUGAUCGGAGUACAUACAAAUGUCACAUUCCAUCGAGCCAUCUACGACCCUGAAGGAAUUGCUUUAAAAGAGCAUGAAAAAGACCUGCCUUUUAUCGGUCGAGACCUGAUUUACUUGACACCCGAAUUGCUGCCACAAACGAGGGAUCGAAUGCGUAUGCUGUUGCACCUCCCGUACCGUCGCGCCUUGAUGAUUGCACGGACGCGGGAAAGACCGUCCCCAGCUCUACAAGAUGACACUGAAUUUAUUAAAGUCGUACGUAUGGCUAUGGGAAAGGGCAGUUGCGCUCUGAUUCAGAAGCAACAGGACUGGCGGGAUAAGCCAGUUAAACGGACGAAGCAGUUGUUGGCGGCCUUGGCGAAGAGAGUCGAGGUCGGAGGCGGUGGCGAGUCGGAGGCGGGGUCGAAGGGGCAGCCGAGGCGCUGCAGUCGAGGUGUUGCUGGAAGGUUGAGUUGGGCAGAAGAGGCAAAUUGA